ACUAUUCUGGUCUGAUGAAAAGUUGAAAAUGGCGCUGGCGUUCUCAGCCAGAAGAGGCGGAGGCGACACAUAAGGAGGGGUCUGUGGGGAAAUAUUUUCAACCCUAACCACAAACCAUGUAUCGCAUUAGCAGCAGAAAUCCUCACCUCGUGGACACUUCAGUCAUAUGUUCAGAGAGUCAACAUGGAGGUCUGUGCUCUUAACCUCAGGCUGUUGAUCUGUGUCUUAUUCCUGCUGGGUGCACAUGUUCAAGAUGUGGAUUCACUGAUUCUCCGUCUUGAACCAAACAGACUGCAGUUCUUUGAAUACGAGUCUCUGAUCUUCCAUUGUGAGGGCUCUCAUGACCCGACUGGAUUGAAAAUUGUACAUCGGUCCAAAGGGGAAUUACUCAAAUGUCAAACUACAGUGACAUCAAAAAGGUCAUCCUGCACUAUUCCUAAUGUUCUUCCAGGGGACAGUGGGCAAUACUGGUGUGAGUCUAGAGAUGGGAAGAGAAGCGACAUCAUCCAUAUCAAUGUUACUGAUGGUCCUGUGAUCCUGGAGAGUCCCAUCAGUGUGAUGGAGGGAGAGGCUGUGACUCUGCGCUGCAGACACAAGACGACCUCAUCCAACCUCUCAGCUGAUUUCUACAAAGAUGGCCGCCUUAUCAGAAGAAGCUCUACAGGAAACAUGAGCAUCCCCAGUGUUUCCAAACGUGAUGAAGGAUUCUACAAGUGUAUCAUCUCUGGAGGAAGAGAAUCAGCCGAGAGUCUGAUGGCUGUCCAAGAGUUACACCAAGAGAUUCAUGCGUCCUCAGAUCUUCCGUUCAUCAUCUUCAGAAACAUUCUCCCUGUAGUAUUGAUGGCUUUGCUGCUGGUGCUGCUGGGACGGCUCCACUGUGGAAAACUCCGAGGUAAACCCACAGGUCGCAGCGUGACUGCUGAUUGAAGGACGAGCAGCACAUGAGACGUUUGGUUGAACCUGAUGUGUGAAAAAACACUUUUUAUUUUAUUUUGCAUUGUAGAAAUGGUUUCCAUGCUUUGCGCCCAACAUGUGUUAAUGUUUAAAGAUAUAUUAAAGAGAUGCGUUUUGUAUUUUCAGAUGUAUUACCUGUUAUUAUAUAGUGACAGUUAAACCCACAUGUUCCAUCUGCUGUGUGUAUUUAUGUGAGUGUGAAACUGUGGUCAACCACCACCUUGAUGCUGCAGCUUCACUUUCAUCUGAAGCACGCUGAUCGAGUCCAAAUAAAGAAAUGAGUCUAACACUUUAAGUCUAAUGUGGUUGUAAAUGUCAUACAUGAGAAGACAGAAAAUAACUGUGCCAUUAAAGAAGUGUACUGGU